AUGGAUAUUGUGGAAGAAUUUCUCGAGCUUACCCGUGAUGUGGCGACAAAUACAUUGGUAUCUCUAUGCAAAGUGCUGCGAAAGAGGAUACCAGGAAAGCAUCUCCCGAGCAAUUUGAAGCAACUGUGCGAUCUUAAGUCCGACCCUGAUCAUGCUGCAACCAGAUUUUGGAGGUGGCUGCGCAAGCAAAGUUGGAGGAAAAUGCUUCCUCUUGCCAAAGAGAUCGAUGUAGUCCUCUUGGAUCGAUCAAGGGUGGAGCCCCACUACAUUGAGACGUGGCAUGUCUUUCUCCCUUCAGACAUGCUCCUGGUCAAACACUUGGAGAAUUGA